AUGUCUUACACUAGCGUGGCCCGCGCGUACGCCAACGUUAAUCAGUGUAUGCCUCGAGAGUAUUGGGAUUAUGAUCCACCUGUACAAGACAAUUAUGAAAUAGUGCGUAAAAUUGGUCGUGGCAAAUAUUCUGAAGUGUUUGAGGGUGUUAAUAUCAUGAACAACGAGAAAUGUGUGAUUAAAGUCCUAAAACCGGUAAAGAAGAAAAAGAUCAAGAGAGAGAUUAAGAUUUUACAGAAUUUAGCUGGCGGACCAAACAUUAUUUCACUUUUGGACGUCGUGAGAGAUCCCCAGGCAUUAGAUUAUUGUCAUUCGAAGGGUAUCAUGCACAGAGACGUGAAGCCACAUAAUGUAAUGAUUGAUCAUGAAAAGCGUAAGUUGAGACUUAUAGAUUGGGGUUUAGCAGAAUUCUAUCACCCAGGAACCGAAUAUAAUGUACGCGUUGCGUCUAGAUAUUUUAAAGGGCCAGAAUUAUUAGUUGAUUUUCAAGAAUAUGAUUAUUCCCUUGACAUGUGGAGUUUGGGUUGCAUGUUUGCCAGUAUGCCUUUUUUUCACGGACAUGAUAACUAUGAUCAAUUGGUAAAAAUUGCUAGAGUACUUGGCACAGAUGAGCUUUUUGCAUAUCUUGAUAAGUAUGACAUAGAAUUGGAUACUCAAUACGAUGAUAUUUUGGGAAGGUAUCCACGGAAACAAUGGAAUAAAUUUAUUACUAGCGAAAACCAAAAAUUUGUUUCCAAGGAAGCUAUUGAUUUUCUUGACAAACUAUUGCGAUAUGAUCAUCAGGAACGACUGACGCCUCAAGAAGCUAUGGAACAUCCUUAUUUUGAUCCGGUAAAACAAGUCGACGGUAACGGAACUCGGGCAUAG